AUGCAUCUCUACUCGAGUCUCAUUUUGUCUGGUGCUGCAGUUCUAGUGCAGGCUGGAGGCCUGGUCAACGAGAACUAUCUACCCGCACGACACACGCCUCCCAGUGAAGGCAUAAGAUAUGGUCAAGGAACAUCGCCCGUCACGACACCCGCCCCAAAGAUACGGUUCAGGAACGCAAACCUGGUACCUCGGGCAUCCCCAGACACCUGCGGGUUCCUGCAGUUUCCCAUCUCAACCGGGAUUCAAGAGUAUUACUGCGUCAGUACCACGUGUGUGACCUCUGGGUCGUACUUUGGGUGCACUUCGGAACCGUUCACUGCUUGCUACGAUGGCACUGCGAGAAUCUGUCAAACAGGCAGGCUGGGAUCGAAGACGCGAUGUUGCACCCAGAGUGUCGACGGUUGGCGACCGUGGUGCGUAGCGUACAGAAUGACAGACCUACAAGGCACCAACACGUUGAUCGGCUGCUACAACACCAUGCUGGAUGGCAUGAACACGAACAGCAUAUUCUUAGUCUCGGAAACCAGUCUCAUUUCCAGGUUGUCUUCCAUCUCCUCUACUCCGUCGAGAACCCCAACACCAACCUCAAGCACAACGCCAAUCACGUCGACUUCUUCGAUAUCCAUCGACGUAGCGGCUGACCCAACUACUUUGGAUAGAGCUUCAACUUCUUCGACCCCGGCCUCCUCAACGACCUCGAUUUCUUCGACUAUCUCGAUUGAUGCCGAAUCAGACACGUCUUCAACCACCGACACCCCGGCUUCUUCAUCUGCACCGGUUGGUGCAAUUGUUGGUGGUGUCAUCGGAGGCAUCGCUGUCAUCGGCCUUGGAGUCUUUGCUAUUGUAUGGCUUGUACUCCGUCGCAAGAGAGCGUCGAAUAAGAACGGACCGCCGCCGCCGCCGAACCAGCCCGAGACAUCUCAGCCAUUUAUCGCGAGUCCGUUCAAUCAACAGCCUCAUCAUCAGCAGCAACAGCCCCAAUACCAGCCCCAACAGCAGCCGUCGCCGCCGCAGCAGAGCCAAGAUCACGCAAGUAAGAUGUAUUACCAACAGCAACACUCUCCAACUUCACCCCUCCCGGCAUACAAUCAGACGUCCCCGGUCAAUGGUGGUGGUGGCAUGUCUCCCAGCACGUACGAAGUCCCAGCUGUCAAUACCAAGGGUACCGGUAACAACGCAGCUGAGAUGAGUGCAUAA